AUGUCGAAAACCAAUGAUUCUUCCACAAUUGUCACAAAAACUUCAAGCAAUAUAUUUAUUUAUGAUAUUAUUCAAGAAGAAAUAUAUCCUAAUAAAGAUAUUCUUGCUUAUACAUCAAAGCCAAAUCAAUAUCGUAUUCCACAUAAUUAUAUUGUUAAAACCAUUUUUAAAAACAAUCAAUUAAAAAAGACUAUAACAUGUUCGAUUCAUGCAUUAAAUGCUGCAAAUCUUUAUAUACAACAAUAUUAUGAAUUGAUUGCUACUGAUAUUGAACAAAAAAAUGUUACAAAAACAAGCA